AUGGCCGAAGAUCAAGGAAAUCCAGAGCACCUGGCCUUUGAGUACGAUCGAGAGCCAGGACGAGAUCACGAGCAGCCAAGACCGAACCUGCCACCCGAGCGAACAAUGCGAGAAUACCGAACUCCAGCUGUGAAUGAGAACUACUCGGGAAUCAGGAAACCGACGAUAGCCGCAAACAACUUCGAGCUGAAGACGGGGCUAAUCAACAUGGUCAUGGCGAACCAAUUCUCCGGAGCAGCCACUGCAGAUCCAAAUCUCCAUCUUGCCAAUUUCUUGGAGAUUUGUGACACGAUCAAAGUUAACGGUGUUUCCGAUGAUGCCAUUCGAUUGAAGCUAUUCUCAUUUUCUGUCAGAGACAAAGCAAAGAGUUGCCUUCUGAGUCUUAAUCCAGGAUCACUCACCUGUUGGGAAGAAUUAUCACAAGCCUUUCUGGCACGAUUCUUUCCACCCUCGAAGACCGCACAAUUACGAAGAGAUGUAGGCAACUUCAGACAGAUGAGCCAAGAGCCGAUGCACGAGUCUUGGGAGAGAUUCAAGGACUUAUUACGACAAUGCCCUCAACACGGAUUCAACCCGUGGGACCAAAUGGAGUUAUUCUACAAUGGGCUCGAUCAACCAGCCCGAUCUUUAGUUGAUGCUGCUUCAGGUGGAUCAUUGCAAAACAAGACUCCCACAGACGCUCGAGACAUUGUCGAGCGAAUGUGUGAGAAUGCUUACAAUUGGCCGUCCGAACGGAGUGGUAUACAAAAGGUGGCCGGAGUCCACCAACUCGAUCCUUUAGCCGCAGUUUCAGCACAAUUAGCGACCCUAUCAAAUCAGGUCGCCCAAAUUUCAGUUCGAGGGCCACAGAUCGAACGAGUAGCAGCAGCAAGUACUUCACAAGCCACAAACGACGAUUGGGAGCAGGCACACUUUAUGAACCACCGAUUCAACAAUUUCCGGGGAACCCACAAUCAGAACCAAAACCCUACUCAUUAUCACCCGGGAAUUCGGAAUCACGAGAACUUCUCCUACGCCAAUCCAAAGAAUGCUCUACAACCACCUCCCGAUUUCAACCAUCAAAGAGAGCAACGAGGGCCAACGUAUGACGAGCGUCUUCACCGACAAGAACAGGAAAUGGAGGGCCUGAAAUCAACAAUGAAGAACAUGGAAAAGCAAAUAGGGCAAAUCGCCCAAUCCAUGUCCACAAUGGCCAAAGGUGGAUUUCCGAGCAAUACCGAAGUCAAUCCAAAAGAAAGCUGUCAAGCCAUAACCACCCGAAGUGGUUUGCAAAUGACCGAUCCUCCUUAUCCGACGGACGAGUCACCAAGGCCAGCUGUACAACCGACCCCAGUCGAGCCAGAAAUCACCAUUUCAGGGAGUGGUACAAAAGAGGCUAGUAAGCCCAAUAACAUUUCUUUUCCUGAUAAUCCCCCUCUAUUGAUAACUCCUAUUCAUUUUCCAGAAAGACAGAAGAAAAAAAGGUUCCAGGAUCAAUUGAAGAAGUUCAUUGAAAAGAUCAAACAGAUUCGAAUCAACAUCCCUUUUGCAGAAGCCUUGGAGGUAAUGCCAAACUACACCAAGUUCAUGAAGGAAGUUCUAUCCAAGAAAAUUCGGAUCGAAUAA